AUGAGUACUCGUGGAGAUGAAGAACCACAUAUUGAUCAGCUUCCGAUUGAACUAUUGAUUCACAUAUUUACUCGGUUAACUUCCUUCAAAGAUUUGGCUCAGGCAAGCAGCGUGUGUGGGAAAUGGAGACAAGGAGUGAAGGAGUCACUAGGUAGGCGUGAAAUUUUGCGUUUUGCUGGAUGGAAAAUAAACGACGAUUCAGUCACUCGCAUGGUUCUGCUUGCUGAUGGGCUCAAGGAGCUCGACAUAUCAAGAAGCCAACGGGGUUGCCAAGUAACUGACCAUGGUCUGUGUCGGUUGUCUACAGCAAAAUGUAUUUGCAACCUGUCAUCAGUAUCUCUGUGGGGUUCAACUGUAAUCACAGACAAAGGAGUAGUCCAAAUGAUCUCAAAAGCUACUUCACUGCAACACCUAAAUCUUGGUGGCACAUUUAUCACGGAUCUGUCCAUGUUUGCAAUUGCAAAUAGUUGUCCUCAUCUCGAGACUAUUGUUUUAUGGGGCUGUCGUCGCAUAACAGAGAAUGGACUUGUUGCGCUAGUAAAGAAAUGCCACAAACUCGAGUCGAUCAAUGUAUUGGGCAUGAGGGUGCCGCUGGACUGCUUCAAUCGUCUCCUUACAAUCAAUCCAGCUCUUAAAAUACAACCAGAAGGAAUGCUACUAGAUGAUGAGAGGGUUCACAUAUGGUCUAUCUUCUAA